UUGGUGAUUCCCUAUUCCUGACAAAUGACACUUUUGCACCACUCAAGCAACAACCCUUCGACCCAUGGGUCGGUUUGGUGUUGGUAGUCAUUGCUGGUGAAGGGGGUUUUUUGAGGUCAAAGUGCAAAUCCUAGCUCAACCUUUUUUAAUCACAUUUUACAACAUGCAAAAGAAACGUUGGGUCUAUUCUUUGACAUGCUGGUCCCCACACAACACAGAAUUGGAUUUACAGAUGAAUUAUAAUCUUACGACUGCUGUUGGUGAUGUGACAGCUGACCUGAUCGAUGAAGUAACAUUGGGAGUGUGUUUUGAAGUGCACCGGUCAGCAAAAAUUGGAACCUUAUUUUUAGGGGAUACAGAUCCAUGGUCUCAUAAAGAACAUGAAAUUGUCUACAAAUCUGGGGUUGAUGUAUUUGGUCAAGUGCCGACAAAAAAACAGUUUGAAUGCACAUGUCCCAACUGCCAGCGACACCUAGCAGCGUCACGAUUUGCUCCACACUUAGAAAAAUGUAUGGGUAUGGGCAGAAAUAGUUCCAGAAUAGCAAGUAAAAGAAUUGCUACGACAACAUUGAAACGGGACAGUGAUGAGAGUCUGGACGAUGACAAUGACAAUGAUUGGACCUACCCAGAUAAGAAAAGAAAGAAAAACAAGAAAGAGAAAAGUUCCACAAAUAAUGGUCCAACAAGAAAAGCAAAAACCAAUAAAACGAAAAAUGGUGAAGCUUCUCCAGAUAGUGUCACAAAUUAUGAAAAUAUGUCCCUUGAUGAAAGACGGAAUUUGUUAACAUCCUGCUGUGGGGUGAUAUCUGAACACACCAAGAAAAUGUGCACCCGAAGCUUUCGUUGCCCUCAGCACAACGAUGAACAAAGAUGCUCAGUACGACAAUUUCUUUUAAACGACGACCACACAGCUGAACACGAUCAUCCAGAUGCAGAUGAUGUCCAGGUUGACAUAGACGGCUAUGAAGAUGGUGACGGACAAUCUUUAAGGGACACUCUACACUGGGAGGCAUCGUGCAGCACCUCUCCUGUGGAUUCAACAUCUUCAAGUAAUGGUUCUCGGAAGCGUGGUCCAGCCAAACCAUUGAAACCACCAGUGACAAAGAAGAAAAAAAUUGUCAAACAAACAGCGGCAACAGCAGCAGCAACAGCAGCAUCAGCAUCGUCAUCAUCGUCAGCAGCAGCAUCAAGCCAAAGUAGUAGCCAUCCAUCAAACAAUCCCGUCAACACCAGUUUAUAUGACUUUGUAUGAUCCAGAGAACCAAUGUCUGUUUUCAAUCGCUUUUUCUCUAAAUGGUUACCAGUGUAUCAGUACCCCCUCCCCCCCCCGUUCUACAUCGAUUCCUGAAAGUUGG